CGCGAAAGGAUCAGCAGUCAAAGUGUGGUUGAAACUGUAGUAGCAAAUGUGCAGUCGGUGACUCUAGUUGGCCCUGGAAUGUAAGUGUUCUUUUAAUGUAGGACAUAUGGAGCUACAACUAUAGGGCCGCUGCAAUCCAAUAUCCACAUUGGAGUGCGCACACACUGUAUUCAAACUGUAUUUUCACUACAGUUUUGUCUGUACUUGUCUUGGGCACAUUGAAGUACAGUUUCAAACGCAGUUAUGUAUACACAUAUGAUGUAAAUGUGUGCAUGCAUCUCAAGUUCACUUCCUAACACAUUAAUUUUUACACUUCGAUCGCGACUCAAAAUACACUGGGAAGUGCAUACGAUCAUGUACGUUGACAUGCAGUCAGAAGGCAUACUACAGCUACAUCAGUAAUUACAGUUCAUGUGAAUUACGACAAUGAGUAUGACAGUACACCUGAACUCGAUCAUAAAUGUAAAUGACAAGAAUGAUUGUCUCCUACAUUCUGAGAGAGAAGCGGAGUGUUUUUUCCCAAAGGCGCCUGGAAGCGCCUGUGAGGUAGGCCACCGACGGCCAGCAGUACUGGCCCGCCGACCCGGCUGCCUACCCGACAGGCGCGCUACCCCUGGCGGCAGGCGCGGCAAGCGGGAAGGGCGGCCGCGGCCAGGCGGGCCAGGCCGGCCAGGCUCGGCCUUCCCGGCCUUCCCUCGAGCGGCCGCGACUAUCAUUGUUGCGGACCGUCUUUCUAGAGGGCGGUCUGGGUCCUGGGCCUCGGUCUUAUUGGCAAACAUAUGUAGAAAUGGCGUCCCACGAUCGACGGUUUCAGGACAUAAGCAGGGAGAGGAGGGUCAUGCUGCGCGACUGCAAGGGGUACGUCACGACUGAAAUCAGUCGUUUGCAGAUGAAGCUGCAGAGGCUUCCCCUUGAAAUGGCCGAAAUCAACGAAGGAAUCAGGGUUCUACGUCAGAUACUCGAUGUGCUGGAUGACGAGUUGGCGAUAGAAGCUCCACCCCAGCGAUUUCGGCACCCGCAAAUGAUGCUGUUCAACAUGCGUCGAGACAACAACUCCACACAGCAUCCUGAGAGAAAUGGAAGGAUCCCUGCAAGUUGGACGAGAGGUGCACCACAUGGAGGCCAUAGAGGCCAUUUUUACUUUUAGCUAAAAAUGAAUUAUGUCUGCCGUAGGCUUCGCAUUGAGAAAUGUGUGAAUUGGAAAGGGUGUAAGAAUCCUUUGUUGAAUAAAAAGUUCCACAUCAAGUCAUAUGUUUUAUUAUCCUAUAACUUCUCAAGAACGAGUCAAUGAACUUGCUGAUAAGAUUUAACAACACGUGUUACCAAAUAAAAACAAGAGUAGUAUAAAUAAAUCUGGAUAUCAAUUCUGAGUUAUUACUUUGACAAACAU